GUAUUGAAGAAGCGAUCGCACGGAACCAGGGCUCCAAAGUCUUUGUUAGAGAUCUGUCUGCCAGAAAGAGCCAACUGUCGAAGCUGAAGACCGAGUGUGGCAGUGUCAUUUCCGAGAAACCUGAGAUUUUGAGUGAGAUUGAGAGGUUCUAUGGGCAGCUGUACACAUCAUCAUUGGAGCCACAAGCAAGUAUGAGUCGUUACUCGUACUUAGUCGUAAUCGUUAUCCAAGAGCAAGUCUUAUCCGACACUAUUCCGAUGAUAUUCUUGACGUCAGUCUGAGCGAGAUUAGAAUAGCUCUCCAGCACCUUAAAAACAGCAAGGCCCCAGGCGAGGAUGGAAUUACAGUGGAGCUUCUGAAAAUGGGGGAAAAACCGGUACUUGAAGUCUUUCAGAAGCUCUUUAAUUCCGUCUUCAAUGAUGGCACUACGCCGGAGGCGUGGAGCAGAAGUGCGGUGGUCUUGCUCUUCAAAAAAAGCGACAACGCUCUCUUGAAGAACUACAGACCGAUUUCUCUUCUGAGCCGCGUAUACGUGCUGUUUUCGAAAGACAUUACAAAUCGUUUGGCAUGCAGACUCGACGACAUCCAGCCUCCCAAACAAGCCGGUUUCCGAAAAGGCUUUAGCACCAUAGACCACAUACAUACCCUUCGGCAAAUUAAACAGAAGUCCGAGGAGUACAAUUUGCCACUAUGUCUGGCGUAUGUGGACUAUGAGAAAGCCUUUGAUUCCGUCGAAAUUAGGAGCGAUGCUGCAGUCGCUUCAGCGGUAUCAAGUUUAUUGUCGGUAUAUUGAAGUGCUGAAGUGUUUGUGCAGUAGGGCUACGAUGGCUAUCCGAGUCCAGAACCAGAGUACGAAACCUAUUCAACUGCAGAGAGGUGUAAGACAGGGUGACGUUAUAUCCCCGAAACUCUUCACUGCUGCAUUGGAAGACGUUUUCAAGCUUCUGGACUGGAAAGGAUACGGUAUUAACAUCAAUGGCGAGUACUUCACUCACCUCCGAUUUGCCGACGAUAAACUCCUUAUGGCAGAAUCGCCGGAGGACAUAAGCACUAUGCUCAAUGACCUCAAUAGUGCCUCCCAACGGAUAGGUCUUAAGAUGAACAUGGACAAAACAAAGAUCAUGUAUAACGUCCAUGUCACACCUAUGCCGGAAGUUGUUGGGAGCACUAAGCUCGAAAUUGUUGACGAGUAUGUUUACCUGGGACAAAUAGUCGGAUUAGGUAAGUCCAACUACGACCGAGAGAGGUCAAUCGACGGAUUCAACUCGGCUGGGCAGAGUUCGGGAAAUUACGGCACAUCUACUCCUCAGGUAUACCUCAAAACUUGAAAAUGACCAGUGCAUGUUGCCAGUGCCAGUGAUGGCCUAUGGAACUGAGGCGUGUUCCUUCACUGCUGGCCGGAUGAGGAAGCUCAAGGUCGCUCAGCGAGCUAUAGAGAGGGCUAUGCUCGGAGUUUCUCUGCGUGAUAAACUUAGAAGACAUAGCCCAAGGGUAAGGUGUAAGGUUCGAAGUACCGACAACCAAUAGGGAAAAAAGGUUCUCGAGUGCCGGCCUCGUACCGGCAGCCGAAGUGUAGGGCCUAGAUGGAGUGACGACCUGGUAAAACAUGCAGGAAGUCGAUAGAAGCAGGUGGCUCAAGACCGUGCUUUGUGGCAUUCCUUGGGGGAGGCCUAUAUUCAGCAGUGGACUUGUGCAGGGCUGUAAUGAUGAGGAUAUAAAUAUACAUAAUUUUAGGGCUUUAAUUAUUAUGCGCGGAAGCCUCAUUAUUUAAAAAAAAUAAAAGUAGCCUAAGUUACUCCUUAUAACAUCAGUGAAAGUCCCGUCAAAAUCGGUCCAGCCAUUUCGGAGAUUAGCCGGAACAAACAGACAGACAGACAGACAAAAUGUUAAAAAUUGUGUUUUUGUUAAAAGUACCGUAUAUACUUUUAUAUGAAUUUAGUAAACAGCUGUUAAUUUGACACUACGAACAGACACUUCAAUUUUAUUUAUUUGUAUAGAAUAUUAAAAUUUAAUUAGCUAACAUCCGUGUAAAAAUAAAAUAAAAAUAAUGUAUAUUACCUAAUUUGAAGAGCACUUCUAGUUCCUCCUCUUAAUGAGGGCUUCCACGACUUUUUCUGCCACCAGGGCGGCGCCACUUAAAAGUGAGGUAUAAUAUUUGACAGAUGUCAUGGUGGGGAAGUUAAUUUGUUCGAAAAAAUGUAAAAGUUACUGUUUCUUUCUGUACUAUUAUCUAUAUUUUAUAUUAAUACGAUUAAAAAUAAAUAAUCUAAACCACAGAUAUUCGUAAAAGUAGAAAAAUUAAAAAAAGUUAAAAAUGUGCAAAAAAUUAAAGAGCCGCUCGACUCAGUGGCCACUUAGCUUCCUGAUCUUUUCAUCUUAGCUCAUUUAUUUAUAAUAUUGUUACGAGCUUGAGGUUCGAGACAAUUAAAAACUGCCGAUUGAAUUACCAAAUUUGACACUUUAAUUACGGAUACUAAUUACACCUUAAAACACACUAAUAAUAAAACACAAUAAUUCUACUGAUCACUUAAGUUCGCAGUUGUUUCGCUUCGAAGUAUUCUCUUGUAUCGCCAAUUCAAUACUGCCCUGGUCGUGGUCUAUACCGGCUUUAUAUAGGGCCUCAGACAGUUUCCAGAACCUUCCACUGUAGCGACAUCUAGAAUGUUCGAGCACAUAUCGGUCCCGAAAUUUCUGGAAGGAUCUCGACUCUCCUAGUUCUGCUACUCGACACUAGAGGGCGCUAGUGUAACUAGUGUUGCCAUGUACAAGACAUUAAUAGUGGCGCGCAACACUUUCUUUUACUCGACACUAGAGGGCGCUAGUGUAACUAGUGUUGCCAUGUACAAGACAUUAAUAGUGGCGCGCAACAAUAUCUUUAAUAUAAUGAAUUUGCGCAAAGUAACGCAUGAUUCUUUAAAUAUUGUGUAAUGGUGACACAACCGAAGAAUCAAAGGCUAGAAAAAUACCCAAAUCAUCAAUCAUCCUGUGAAUUUAAGCAUUGCACUGAAAUAUCAACUCAAAACCGGCUCCAGUUUUUAUGGAGCACUUUAUUAAAAUUAAUUUGCUAUCUGAAUUAAUUAAAAUUACCUCUCCUGCAGUUUAAAAAAAAUUACGUAGCAUUGGUACUACACUCCAUUUUUUUAAAGUAUUUUUUGUAUGUUGGUCCAAAAAACUUCUACGCGUAGAUAAAACGUAAAGGUAAAAAGUACUCUUUUUAAAAGUGGAUCCGUACUCGUAUCUAUCCGCAUUUUAUAUGAUUCAUCCAUUUAAUAUGUAUUAUUUGUAUGUAUAUGAAUGUAUUUAUAUAUUUGUAUAUAUGCAGUGGAGUAGCGUGCGUUAGAGGGUUCCGGGGUCUCUGUAUCAAAAUUUGUCGGGGGGCCCUAAAGAUAAAGAUUUUUCACAAAAGGAACAAAAACUCUCGCAUUGAAUUAAAAUAAUUAUAUAUUGAUUAUAAGUUAUUACUUACAAUUAAUACUCCUAGGAACUAAGCUAGGCAAACAAUUCAAACCAACAUCGUGUCCCAUAGAAGUCCCGGGAGGCCCGUAUCAUUUAUACGGCUGAUACGGCGGUAGCUACGCCCCUCUAUAUGUAUGUAUAGUACUUACAUGACUUACGUUAAAUUGCUGUACGUCAAUGCCUACACAUUGUCGUUUUGCACCGUGCGGGAUGACCUUGGCGGGACGUACGUCAAGAUGGACCGUGUAUAAGACGUUUAACAUUACCAAGCUUAAAAAUAUUCUUUAAAUUUUAAGAAAUUUUUACUUUUUCAGAUCCUUCCAACGAGGAGCCAAAGAACGUAGAAGAAGCGAAGCAGAGUGGCCCAAAGGUCGUAAAGUUAAUCGUUUUACGAAAAGUGAAAACCAACAAUGACGACGCUGGUAAUUCUCCAGAAAAAGUCAGCGAGCCAGGAAAGAAAAAUGAUGAAGGACCAGACUCCGGCUCCGAUUCUGCUGCCAGCGAUACACAAGAUGGACGUUCGCUCGCUACCGUCAUCAGAGAUCGGAAGUUCCAACGUUCGUCGCACCUGUUUCGCCGCCAGCAUACGAACACUGAAGAACGUCUAAUGUUUACAUGCGGCAGCUGUGGACAUAAAUCUGCGCUCUCCAAUGACGCGCUCAAGCACAGCAGAAUCUGCAAACGAGGCAAAAGGAACGAGCCAGCGACAAUCAAGGUGAAGAAGAGCAACUGUGAUGUUAGCGACGCGGUGGCGCCGGCCCCGCGCGCCCCCGACGCGCCGAAACGGGGACGCGGCCGCCCGCGGAAGAGGAUGUCGAAUUUCAUGCGCGAGAAGAAUCUCGAUAAGAAGAACUUCAAGCCCAAGAGAGAUGUGUCGAGACCAAGACCCGUUUUCAAGCCUCAGCUCACUCUGGCGGAACAGCAGCUGCAAAUACAAAGGACACGUGGAAGGCCCCCAAAGAACUAUUACAAUCGGAAAAAAGAUAUCCACAAAAAACCGUCUUUAAUUAUGCAGGGUACCCUAGAUAAUAGCACCUUCCAAAAUAUGGAAACUGUUGAACUACAAAACCUGGAAGAUUCUUCAUCAGAGUUUAUCACGGGAUCUUUGUCCCCGAUAUUGCAAUCAGACGAAGACGCCAACAGGAACCUGUCGUCACCUUUGUACGGGUUUUCAGAGCCGACGAAAAUCGUAUUCAAUCCAUUAGCCGAUGUCCACCACUCGUUGUUUCACGAUGAAAACAAUUCGCAAGAGGAGCCUGAAGUAAUUGUGCCACACUUUGUCGAGCAGACACAAAUGGAGCCAGAAGAACACGUGCCCACCGUUGCUAUGGAAACCACGAUCGUGUCCGAAAAAGACAGCCGGAUUGUAAAACCGAUCCCAAAUAAAGAAGACAUUCAUGACAAAACGGGUCAAGUACAGAUGGAAGCAAAUUUGGAAUCCACGUCCACGACAAGUCCGAGCAUAAUUACUUCCAUAAUAUCCUUGAACGAUAAUGUUCAACGACCAGUUGAACAUACAUAAUUUAUGUAACCUACCUUACUGAUACUACUGAUCUACUGUAAUCAAUAAUUAAAUCGACUCUAAUUAUUUAAUCAUCUUAAUAGUAAUGUUAAUGUAAUCAUUUAUUUAAUCAUGAUAAUAAAUGUUAUUAAAAUAU